AUGAAACCCAGAGAUGAAGGGGAUUCGAGCAGUCCAGUUCUACCAGGGGACAGCUCGGUCUCAUCUGAGCUGCAGGAUGAAUAUGAAGAACUUCUCCACCAUGCAGUGGUCAGUCCUGAGUAUGAGCAGCAGCCCAGUGCUCAACUGCAGCUUCUGAACGCAUCACAACUGUCUGCAGAUGAACAAGGUUCCCGUGGAAACGAUGACGCUAGGCCUAACACUCAGCAGGCCCACAGUGCCCGGCUGGCAGAGCAGCACUACAGUCUGCAGCUGAAGAGGAAGGUGUGGGCAGGCUGGCAUGCCCUCGUCCAGGGGAGGUGGAAACAGAAAUCAUAUCACGUGGAUGCGGCCCAGGCUGAGAUCCAGAGCCUGCGGGCAGAGAGGGAGCGUUAUGAGGAGUCCAUGAAGACGGGCCGGGCACAGUGCGCGCUAACCAAGGUUGCCAGGUGCACGGUGUUUCCUCCGACACAUUGGUGCGGCUGGCUUCCGGGUUGGAUGCGCGCUGUAUUAAGAAGCAGUGCGGCUUGGUUGGGUUGUGUAUCAGAGGACGCAUGACUUUCAACCGUCGUCUCUCCCGAGCGGGAGUUGUAGCGAUGAGACAAGAUAGUAGCUACUAAAAUAAUUGGAUACCACGAAAUUGGGGCGAAAAAGGGUUAAAAAAAAACCAAACACUUCUGUUCCUGACAUUUUCAUUCAUAGAACAGAUUCUUUAAAAAAUAAGUAUACCUUUCCCAGUCCAUAUGAUCUGAUCAACCUACACAUGUAGCCUAUGUUACAGUAAAACAGACACUAGUUGUCCAAUAGAGUGCAGUCUGCUACUAUUGACACGUUGACAGUAUAGAUUUAUGUGGAGAGGGGGAUGUUUUUCAUUCCUCUGGCUCAUUCAUUCAUUGGAUGGCGUGAUGAUGCUAAAUCUUUGAAUGUGCUGACUGAGUGGUGCUCUUUGUGGAGGUUGUAACCUUGGUCUGGCGUUGACUGAUGGGCAAGGACUUUUUCUGAUUGUGUUUAUGUGUGGUCAUCGUGCGUAUGCAUGUAUAUGAGAUUGUAGGGUUCAGCUUAAAGUAAAAGAGUAUUAGUGUUUCUUGUUGCUGUUUCAUUUAUCUGUGUAAUAAUUGAGCUUUGUUGGUUGUUUUAGGGGGAGGGCCUGGAAUGUCAGUCAUUUGUCUCAUUUUACAACUGACAAUGUGAUUUAUGUUGGGUCAGAUUUGAUCAUAUUGGGCUUAUUUGUUUGUCAUCUUUGACCUGUCCAGUUAUGAAGCUUACUUCAGGACAUAAACCUGUAUGACAUUAUAUGACUGAUCUUAUUGGUCUUCCCUCCAGCACGAUCCUGGCUCAGGCUCAUUGGCCCGCCGCCUCUGUUCGGGUACAGCCCACUCCACCUUGACCCCCCUGUACCAUCGUGACAGAGACGGUGAGACUCUCACACACCCUAGUUACAGUGCAUGCAAGUUUUCACUAUUAUGGAUCAGGUUCCCCCAUCAUUAA